CCCCGAGGCCUUCCAGGCCCAGAACUCGGUCACCUCUGAAAUGUCUGAGCAAAUGAAUUAAUAACCAAUGGAAAGUGGGACGGUGCUGACGCUUUCCUGCCCCGGCCAUCUGGUCCACAUGGAGUCCUCUGGUUUGCCAGAGCCCACCACCGCUUUUGACUAUGACUCUCAGAGCCUUCUGUGUGAGAGCGAGACCUUUGUCUUCUCCACCUUCACCACCACCGUCCUGUACAGCCUGGUAUUCCUCCUCAGCCUGGUGGGCAACAACCUGGUGCUGUGGGUCCUGGUGAGGUACGAGAACCUGGAGUCCCUCACCAACGUCUUCAUCCUCAACCUGUGCCUCUCAGACCUGGUGUUCACCUGCUUGCUGCCCGUGUGGGUCUCGGGCUACCACUGGGGCUGGGUGCUGGGAGACUUCCUCUGCAAGCUCCUCAGCAUGGUCUUCUCCAUCAGCCUCUACAGCAGCAUCUUCCUGGUGACCAUCAUGACCAUCCACCGCUACCUGUCCGUGGUCAGGCCCCUCUCGACCCUGCACGUCCACACCCUCCGCUGCCGUGUGCUGCUGACUAUGGCUGUAUGGGUGGCCAGCAUCCUGUCCUCCGUCCCGGACGCCAUCUACCACAGGGUGUUGCCCUGGGGCUGUGUCUACUCUGACCUCCAGGGGUUUCUGGCCUCCGUCUACCAGCACAACUUCUUCUUCCUGCUGUCCAUGGUGGUCAUCCUGUUUUGCUAUGUGGAGAUUCUCAGGACCCUGUUCCGCUCACGGUCCAAACGGCCCCACCGGACGGUCAGGCUCAUCCUCAUCAUCGUGACGGUGUACUUCCUCAGCUGGGCACCCUACAACGUGGCCCUGUUUCUGCAGACCCUGCUGCACAGGCGGGUCAUCGAGAGCUGUGAGGUCAGCCAGCAGCUGGACCUGGCCGUGCUGAUCUGCCGCAACCUCGCCUUCUCCCACUGCUGCUUCAACCCGGUGCUCUACGUCUUCGUUGGGGUCAAGUUCCGCAGGCACCUCCAAAGGCUCUUCCGGCAGUUCUGGCUCUGUCGGCAGCAGGCACCCAGCCCGUCUCCAUUCACCCACAGCCCUGGCGCCUUCGCCUAUGAGGGCUUCUCCUUCUACUGAGAGGAGCUGACUGCAGGCCACGGUGGACAGGGCAGCUGCAGGGAGCCUGGAGAAGCGCAGCAGAAGGGACAAUGCAGAGGACACGACAGUGGGGAUGCAACCUGCCACCAGGGCAGGGAAGGUUCAGCUCACCAUGGCUCCCACAUGCCCCUCCCCUGCACAGAAGUGGCUUCCCACCAGAGAAUUUAUAUCACCAUCCAGAAAAGCAUUUCUUGGACUCUGAGUUCAACACCCAUUCCUUCAUUUAGACACACGUUUCUUAUGAGGAGUUUCCAAAACAUGAACGGAGCAUCCUUUGAGAAUUUACGAGGGCCCGAAGCUCGCUCGUGUGGGAACUGUAUGAUGCUGGCUGCUGGCAGGGUGUGCUCUCCCUUUCCUGGCUGAGGGCUGGCCUGGCCGGCCUGAUCACUUAGGAGUGGUGGGCUCCCAGGCACGCCUCGGGGACUGCUGGAUGAGACAGUCUGCGGGACAGGAGCAAUCACACACCUUCAAAUGAGCACAGUCCUGAUGAAAUCCAGUUCAAACCACCCAUAACUAGACGGCAAAAGUGUUCAGGAUCCCGGCUUCGGUUCCCAGUACAGGAACUGGCCCCAGACAUUUAGCUCGUAUUUUAUUAACGGCAUGAAUGUAGCCAGUACCUUCUGCAUAAUUCACUCACAGGAUCCGAAGAUGAACAAGGCACAGUUCUAGCCUCCCGGUGCCAAUGGUCCUGCCCGGAAGGCUGUGCAGCAAACGCCCACCUUGGCAAAGGCACCCGGGUCAAAGACUCCUCCAACGUCUCAUCCUUCCCAGGUGGCUAGUGAGCUGACCUCAGAAUGACCACUUCCCACCAAAAAUGUCCUCCCCUGCUUGGCUCAGGGCCGCCUACAUGCCAAACCUUGAGUCCUCUUGGAGCCUGGCAUGCCAUCUCCUCAACUCUCCCAGCCGGUCCUGCCUCGGCCCUCCACGUGGCUCUUGGAGCUGCUCUUACCAUUGCCUGCCCACCGCGUCCUCCCUGAAGCAUGGUCUGUCUUCCUCAGCGUCUCCUCGUAGUUCUUCUCUUUCCCCCAUUAGGCUGCCUUUGCCCUGACGCCCCCAAACCUUUAAUGGCUCCUCAUUACUCACAAAUAAAGAGCAAACAUCUC